AUGCCGAAUUUAUUGUUGUUUCCUUUCGAAAAUACUAUACUAAAUGUAACAAUUUGGAUUUCGUCCGUCUGCAGAAUCCACACGCAUGUACGAUCAGCAAAAAUCAUCGCGGGACUCGAUACGGAGUGGCUGCCCAAUCUGGGGCCGCAAGAAGACCAUCCAAUCGCUGUACUUCAGCUAUGCGUCGGCCACGAUUGCCUCGUUUUCCAGAUUCUUCGGUCCGAUUUCAUCCCUAAAUCGCUACAAGUCUUCCUAGCGGAUCCUCGUCACACUUUUUGCGGAGUGGGGAUAAAAGAUGACGUGGACAAACUAUACGAUCAUCAUGGGUUGCGAGUGGGAAGAAUUGCCGAUCUUAAUGAUCUUGCUAGAAUGUCGAAGAAGAUGACAGACGGUCAAGAUCGAAACUACAGAUAUAUGGGACUCAAGAAGAUGGCGUUGGCUCUACUUGGGAAGAAGAUGGAGAAGCCGUUGAAUGUGACUUUGAGUAAGUGGGACGCUGAAGAACUCGACUCCGCUCAAAUUCAAUAUGCAGCCAUUGAUGCCGCUGUCUCGUUCGAACUUGGUUUCAUGCUAUGUGUUCGGGUUUUCCAUCCAAACGGGAUCGUACGCCUACCGCCACCGCUACCGCCACCGCCACCGCCACCGCCACUGUAUAAUGGGAUUGUACGCCUACCGCCACCGCCACCGCCACUGUAUUCAAAUUAG